AUGCCAGAGAGAAAUCGGCUUGAUGAAAUUCAAAGAAAACUCGACGAAUUCAUUGAUAAAAUGAAUACAUUAGCACAAAUAAAUUCAAAUAAUACUUUUCUUUUGAAUAUGCCAGAAACAAUACGUCGAUUGAGAGAAAGUCAAGAACAACUUAGAAAACAACAAGAAUCAUGGAAAAGAGACUACGAAGAAAAAGAAACUAAACGCAUACAUGAAACGAAACGUGAAUUUGAAUUACUUCGCCAACAAAUAGAAAAUUAUACUAUUGACAAACGGCAAAUCGAACAAUUGAUUCAAGCAUCAGCCAUUAUUAAAGAUCUACGCGAAAGUAUUUCUCGUAUGCGUCAAUUAUAUGAUGCCAUACCAGUAGGACUUACACAGGCAACAUUAAAAUCAGCAAUUACAACAAGUGAAAAAGAAGCUAUGAAAAGAGAAAGUCUUAUUGAACAAUUAACUCGUAAUGUUGAUGAACAUGUUAAAAAGUUAGAGAGUAGACUUAAUGAUUUAUCGACAAAACCGAUAUCGUCAACUAAAACAAUUUCGCGUGCAGAAGUCGAAAAGCUCAUUCGUGAUGCUAUUGAAAGUAUCAAGCCAAUAGAACAAAACGAUAAUAGUGAGUUACGCAAGUUAAUCCGAGACAUGAAUGAUAGACUUGCAAAGUUAGAAAAACAAUUUGAUCAACUUUCACAAUCCACCGACAUUAAUCAUAAUCAUAUUGAUAGAAAAGAGCUUGAUGGUCAAACUAUUAUAAAAAAUCAACCGACUUCACAAAAAGCACCACUAGGUAAACCCGUUCAUCAAGAAGAAAAACGUAAGUUACAAUCAGAGCUUCCAUCAAGUCCAUUUACUCAAGUGCAGGACAUUCUCUCGAUUGAACAACGUCUCAUUCAACUCGAAAAUCGUUUCAAUGCGUCUAGAAAUAACGAGAUGAAACCAGGCGAUGCCAUUCGUAAUAUACCACUAGUAGGAAAUGCUGUGCAGACUCAAUCGAUAGCAUCCACAUCGAAUUUUCAACAUCCAGGAUCGGUAGAGAAACUGAACGUUAACAAAAAAAAUCUCCCGGCUGAAAAGUCAAAUCAAACAACUGUUCCACAGUCCAAUAAUGCCGUAGAAGGGACAUUAAGAGAUCAAAAGAACAUAUCAACUGAUGGUAUAGAUCAAGUACUUCAUGAUAAUUAUGUCCCUGACUUACAAGAAAGAUUGAACAAUUAUUUAGUUACAAUCCAAAAUCUUCAAAGUCAAAUUGAUAAUCUCAACAAAAUAAAACCAGAUCGACAAGCAGUCGAUGAUCUUGUUAAAGCUAGUGAACAACGAAGCGGACAACAAAUUAGUGAUUUACGAAAACAUGCGAACAAAUAUGAAGAUGAAUUGAGUAAGGUCAAUGCAGAUUUGGCUGCUCUUCGUCGCCAAUUGACUCAAAAGCCAACAUCAACAUCAAUACCAUCAAGAAACAAAAGUCCACCUGCAAGAACAUAUAGUGAAGAAGAAUUUCAAGCAAUUAUGCCUUUUAUAGAACCUUUGCCUAUAUUUGCUAUGCUUUUGGAGAACGAAUGGGAUGAAAUUUAUUAG